AUGGCCGCCUUCAGGACAUCCGACAACAUGACCCUCAGCUUCCCAAUCCAUCUCUUCACCGCUUCUCAGAUCGUCGUCGAGCGCGAUGCCCAGCGGGGCCGCUUCACCUUCGACAUCGCCCGGCUCUCGAGGCCGAACCCUCCGGACUGGUUCGUCAACCCCAACGCGAGCAUCCAUUUGCAGGAGACGGACGGCAGGAACGGAUACGGGCUUCGUAUCUUCGCCUCGGUUUCCUCCGCUCAGGAGCUGGAUAACAAUGACUUCACCGAUGAAUGCCAGCGGGACAUUUCGGUAUCGCCUUCGUCUUCGGGGGAGUCUACGACGGCAACGCCGCUGCGGACCCCGCUUCCCGAGACUCAACUGAACGCUUUCGAAGUACCACCUUUACCGGAGCCGCAGAUGUCGACCAUGCCGCACCACCCCCACUUACAAGGCGCCACCGACCCGUUCGGCUCCGGCUCCAUCUUCGACACGCCCCUUGACCUGAGCGCCAUUCUCGGGAUGGACUUGGGUUUACCAAUGGGUGACGCAGCAGCACUCGCGGACGGCUUCAUGGACCACACUAUGGACGCGUCGAACGGUCUCUUCCAAGAUGUCCUCACCUCGCCCUCGAUGGUCGGGAGCAGUCCCGCUGCCCUCACAUCCCCCGAGUCUAUUGGCUGCCACAUGGAGCACAGCAGCCCCGAGGACUCAGCAGGUAGCCUAUCAGCCGCUGAUGGGUCGGCGUCUCCGGACUCAUCGCGUGGAGGCGUCAAGCGCGCCCGCCGGUUCCGUUGCCUCGAGAAAACGUGCACGCGGAUGUUUACCUCUGAAUACACCCGUAAGACGCAUAUGCAGACGCACAAACCCCGGGCCCCGAAGUCUUUGCAAUGCGAAACUUGCAAGGAGACUUUCUCCCGACGACACGAUCUUCUCCGCCACGAAGUCGUGCAGCACGGGAAGGAAUGUGAAUGGGUUUGCGACCUUUGCGGCCUGUUCUUCUCGAGCUCCAAAACGCUGCAGACGCACCGAUGCCGGCGUGGGUUGGGCCAAUCGCGGUGGCCUAUCGUAGUUCAGCAUCCCAAGGGCGCAGAUUAAAACCAGCACCACCCCGCCGGGACUCCGAGAGCCAUUAAUACGCGUUCUCGCCGUCUUUGGACUCUUUAUAUUUCUCUGUCAUUCACCAGGCCCCCACCAGAUAUCAUUGUAGAAUUCCGUCAUCUCUCGCAUCGAUACCUGUUGUUUCAUCAUAUUCGCUUUGUACGUUAGGGUAGCGCACCGCCCUCGCGGUCAAAUGACAAAACGCCUGACGUCUGGACG